CACCUUCCCGUCUCUUUCAUCACACUGCGUCCAGUCUCGUCUCAGUUCUCGUGUACUUUCAUUUCCACGCUACACAAUUACUAUAGCUUGCAGAGAGCUGUAAAUAAACCUACCGUCACAUGCUCGUCUUCGUUACACGAAUUCCUUGUUAAAACAGUAAUAGAUCAAACGGCUAUUACUGCGUUUUAGUACUUCAGUAGAACCGCGCGUUAACAUUUCAAGGGCAACAAGUGCACGCUUGGACUUACAGUUCACGUUUAUACGUUUCAAGAUGGAAUAGCGACCCUUGUUGGCAGCGCCGGCGUUGGUGACGUGUUUGUUCAUGGGCUGCAGAGUUCAGGAGCGAUUCAGUUCGCUUGUAACUGCGGAAGAAGGUUGAGGUAAUAUUGUGUGUGACUGUGCUGAAAGGUGAUCUGUACGAUAUUAAUCAGCCUACUGCUACCUCUGGUUCGCAGAGGUUCGUGUUGUGUUGGCUCAAUUUGGUACUUGUUUUCUUCCCAGCUGUGAAGUGGUUGUAUAAGUGAUUACGGACCAACUGUACAAUACUGUGGAUGCGUAAAUCUGACUUUUUUAAUUCAGAUUUCACUUUCGAUUACUAGCAAGAAAGGGUAAAAUUAAACAUGAGUCUUAAAGAAAGAGUGGGGAAGAGUGUAGGCUGGAUUCGUUUGGCCCAGAAUAUGGAGCACUAGUGGGCUCCUGUGAACACGGUAAGGAACCUUCGGGUUCCGUAACGGCAAAGAGGAAGUUCUUUUGUGGCCGAGGAAGGACGAUUCUGCUGCAUGCAGUAGUUAGUUCAUUAGCCAUAACACGACGAUUCACCGUACCUGGGCCUCCUCAGAAUUAAGGUGACCAACGAUUUUGCAUCCUAAUGAACCGAAUAAACAGAUUGGGUCGUCUAGGUGCCCUGGACCUGACGUGUGUCAAAGGAUAGUGGGAGCUGGACGAGCGUUUCAUCACCAUUGUGUUCCAUCCAGAGGUACGUGCUAGCCGUACGUGUCGUGUAGAGCAACGCUAUGGGAGAAUACGAUGAAGACCCCACUCAGGAGGAGGACGAUUUAUUGGAUGGUCACGGGGGAAUGGGCGGGGGAGCCACGCCGGGGGAUCUGUUCAUCAAGACCGCGACCGGCAUCAAGAGGGUGCUGCCAUCUAUAUUCAACCUUAAAGUGCUUGGAGAAAAGGGCUCAGGGCUGAGGGCUCGAGGACAGGUGCAGGACUUUUUUAAAAUUCGUGACCAAUGCCUGGAGGAAGGGACACUCUUCGAGGACCCCGAAUUUCCCGCAGAGGACUCAUCAAUAUAUUUCAGCAAGACUCCGCCCCGACCCAUCGAAUGGAAGAGACCCAUGGAAAUUGCAGAUAACCCAGAGCUGUUUGUGGAGGGUGCCAGUAGGUUCGAUGUGCAACAAGGAGAGCUUGGAGACUGCUGGCUGCUGGCAGCUGUUGCGAACCUCACACUUAAUAGGGCUUUGUUCUCACAGGUAGUUCCUGAUGAUCAGAGUUUUGGGGACAAGUAUGCUGGCAUAUUUCACUUCAGGUUCUGGCAAUAUGGACGCUGGGUGGAUGUUGUGAUAGAUGAUCGCCUGCCCACUUACGGUGGGAGGCUGGUGUUCCUCCACUCGUCAGAGCACAAUGAGUUCUGGAGUGCUCUCCUCGAGAAAGCAUAUGCAAAGCUUCAUGGGUCAUAUGAGGCACUGAAAGGGGGCACAACAUGUGAAGCAAUGGAGGAUUUCACAGGGGGAGUGACAGAGAUGUAUGAGUUGAACCAAGCACCUCCAAACCUGUACAGGAUCAUGUUGAAGGCAUAUGAGCGCUCAUCACUGAUGGGCUGUUCAAUUGAGCCUGAUCCAAAUGUUGUGGAAGCGCAGACACCAGAGGGCCUCAUCAAGGGACAUGCCUACAGUGUAACAAAGGUGAAGUAUGUUGACAUCCAGACACCACGCAGCUCAGGGAAAAUCCCUCUCAUCAGAAUACGUAACCCAUGGGGUAAUGAGGCUGAGUGGAAUGGACCAUGGAGUGACAAGUCCCCUGAGUGGAGAUUCAUUCCAGAUGAGGAGAAGGAAGAGAUUGGCCUCACUUUUGAUGAGGAUGGUGAGUUCUGGAUGUCAUACAAGGAUUUUCAGAAACAUUUCUCACGACUUGAGAUAUGCAACCUGAAUCCAGAUUCACUGACUGAGGAGGAACUGCUCAGAUCACACAAGAGAAAGUGGGAGAUGAGCAUGUUUGAGUGUGAAUGGGUCCGAGGUGUCACUGCUGGAGGUUGCAGGAACUACCUUGAAACAUUUUGGCACAACCCACAGUAUCGCAUCACACUGGAGGACCCUGAUGAAGAGGAUGAUGACAACAAAUGCACUGUCAUUGUGGCGCUGAUGCAAAAGAACCACAGGUCACAGCGCAAGAUGGGCAUUGAAUGCCUUACCAUUGGGUUUGCCAUGUACCAUCUGAAAGAUCCAGACAAUCUGCCGAAGCCAUUGGACCUCAAUUUCUUCAAGUACAAUGCAUCUGUUGCACGGUCCCAAUCCUUUAUCAAUCUACGUGAGGUUAGCUGCCGGUUCAAAUUGCCACCUGGAGUGUAUUGCAUUGUUCCUUCCACAUUUGAGCCGAAUGAAGAGGGAGAGUUCAUUCUACGUGUCUUCUCUGAACACAAGAACCACAUGGAAGAGAACGAUGAGGAGGUUGGUCUGGGGAAAGUUGAUGAUAGAGUGGUGAAACAGCCAGAACCAGAAGAAGAGAAAACACAAGACAAAGUGAAGGAGUUCUUCUGCAAGAUUGCAGGAGAAGACAUGGAGAUUGACUGGAUGGAGCUGAAAGAGAUCUUGGACUAUGCCAUGAGGAAUGAGCUACCUGGUAGGUCUAGUUCGCAGGACUCGAUCGUCAACACAAUCCUUUCCGUCUUGUGUGGUGUGCUGUGUCGUGACACUCCUCUCGGCCAAACAUUUGAAACGAAGAAAGAAGGCUUCUCGAAGGAUGUGUGCCGAAGUAUGGUUGCCAUGAUGGAUGUGGACCGGUCUGGCAAACUUGGCUUUGAGGAAUUUAAAGCCCUAUGGGUUGACAUUCGGCACUGGAAGGCCGUGUUCAAGUUAUACGACAAAGAUGACUCUGGCUGUCUGAGUGCCUUUGAGCUACGUCAGGCCCUUAACUCAGCUGGAUAUCGCCUUAACAACCACAUUCUCAACAUCCUUGCACAUCGUUAUAGUACCAAGAAUGGCAUGAUCACAUUUGAUGACUUCAUGAUGUGUGCUGUCAGGCUGAAGACCAUGAUUGAUAUCUUCCGUGAGAAAGAUACUGACAACACCAACACAGCGACAUUCACAAUGGAGGAAUGGGUGGAGAAAACACUGUACUCAUAAAGUGUUAUGAUGGGCCUGCCAUAUUCUAGUAAUCACUAAUUCCAUGUAGAGACAGAUAAGAUAUGUGCUGUAGGAUAUAUUAUGUGUUAAACAGAAGCAAAUGAAUUUAAGUUGCUAAGUUGCCUAACCUCUGAAGUCACAAAGGUCCCCAGUUCAUGUUACAGUUAUAUUUAAUUUUUUUUUUCUGCUGAUACAUUAUCAUCAUUGCCAGAAGUUCUGAGUUGACAGUCACCCUAGUAAAUGCUGGCUGGUAAAUAUAAAAAUUAAUAAUUGGUGAGAAUAUGAAAUUAGGAAAUUACUGCUCUUGGAAUUUAUUACUUUUUUGUAAAUUCGAACAAAUACUAAACAUUUAACAGAUCAUAAGUACAUUAUAGAAAUACUAUCAUUAGACAGACCCCAUGCAGUCAUCCUGCAUCUACAAUUUAUAGACUGAACCCUCACAGAAUAUGCAGCUAGAGAGUUGUUAUGACUGAAUGAAGUUGGGUUCUGGGAGUACAGCAGAUUGAAAGUACAACAGCUCAGUCAGGCUUU